AUGACCAAUAACAAUGGCUCGGACAAUGAGCAUGAGUCGGCAGCGGCGCAGCGAGGUGACUGUGUUGACUUUGUCGAGCCAGAGGACUCAUUUACUUACGACGACUUAAUGAAUACUGACCUGGUAGCAACGACGACCGACGACCAUCACAUUGUUAAUGAAGGUAGUAAUGUGGAUUUUUUGCGCCGAGACGAGAACUUCGAAGAAGAACUAGGGUCUCCAGCAGAAAACGCGCUGUCCGAAGAUUUCAGUGGCGUCGCCAAGUAUGAGGUGGUAGACCUGGCGGGCGAUGACCGUGCUGGCCGGCCUGUGAUCGUUGUCUACGCUUACCGAUUGCCAUCGAAUUUGAUCUUUGACUAUGAAAAAUUUUUGCGUUACUUGACAUACACGUUCGACCGGUUCGUCGACCAGGAUUACACCAUCAUAUACUUUCAUCACGGGCUACACAGUUUCAACAAGCCAUCCAUCCGAUGGCUAAUCCGCGCCUACCAUUUGCUGGAUCGGAAGUAUAAGAAGAACCUUAAAGCUUUGUACUUGGUGCAUCCUACGAGGUUUAUAAAGUUUUUGUGGACCGUCUUUCAGCCCCUGAUCAGUGUGAAGUUCGAGCGCAAGAUUCGUUAUGUGAACUAUCUGCACGAGCUGCGUGAUAUUGUUCACUGCGAUCAGCUGGUAAUUCCGAAGGAGAUAGAAGAGUACGUGAGUUCAUUGCUUUCUGUAAAACGUGCUAUGCUGCGCGAUCAGUUACCAUGA